UUUCUGAAUUCUUCAAAAAAUGUUUCUAUCUUUUUUUAUUUUUUUAACUCAGGAGCCAUUGUUACACAUUGCAUUUCACUGUGUCUCCAAUCUGGAACAAUACCUUCCUCACAUCUUCUUUUUAUUUUCCCGAAAUUGAUUAUUUUGAACAGUCCAUGCCUGUGUAGAUAAGCUGCAUUCUGGACUUACCUGCAAGUUUCCUCAUUAUUAGUUUCAUGUCUCCAUUUUUCCGUUUGUAAUAAAUAAGCAACCAGUGUGGUGAUUCUUUGAGAUGGUGAGAAUGUCCUUUCCGCCCACUGCUUUCACCUACUGGUUUCACCCAUUUGUGGUCCUUGAUUGAAUCAUUUAUUUUGUCAAUGGCUACAACAUGGUGAUUUUUCAAAUCUGUUAUUCCUGCUAUGUUAGCUGACAAUCUUCUGUAAACAGUUUUCUCAUUUGUGUGUGUGUGCUUGGUUUAGGAAUGGUUGUUUCGAAGAGGAAAAAAAUGGAUGGUAAUUAUUGGAAAUGCAUAAACCCAACAAAGGGGCGUUGCUAUUGUUGUUAUUGUUAUCAUUACUACUACUGUUACUGCUUCUGUGAUUCUUGUUAUUACAUUUUCAGGAGUAUCGCUGAGGAGACAGUCAAAAGACAGUCCUUCAAAACAGAGAGCAGGCUGAAGCUGGGGAUGGCAGCAGCAUUGAUGAGUGCUCAUUCCCCGGCUCCUCUGAAUCUGAAGAAGGAGGGGCUUCGGGUAGAGAAGGAGGAUCAGCGCUCUGCUUGGCAACAGGGACUCCAGCUGCAAGGAGACAGCACAGGCCUUGGACAGGAGCUGUUGUGCAAACAGUUCAGGCAGUUGCGCUAUGAAGAGACCACAGGACCUCGAGAAGCACUGAGCCGGCUCCGGGAACUUUGCCGAUGGUGGCUGCGGCCCGAGACCCACACCAAGGAGCAGAUCCUGGAGCUGCUGGUGCUGGAGCAGUUCCUGAGCAUCCUGCCCGAGGAGCUCCAGGCGCGGGUGCGGGAGCAUCAUCCCGAGAGCGGGGAGGACGUGGUGGUUGUACUGGAGGAUUUGCAGCCAGAGCUUACAGAAACAGGACAACAGGUGGACCCAGACCAGGCAAAGAAACAGAAAAUGCUUGUGGAAGAGACAGCCCCCCUGAAGGCAGUGCAAGAGCAGCAGGUCCAGCCUGAGUGUGAGGUUUCCAGGCCUGAAAAGGAGAAAGGUGAGGACACAAGGAUUGAGAAUGGGAAGCUGGUUGUAGAGACAGACCCUUUUGGAGGAGUGGAAUCAUCUAGGAAGAUAUCUGAACCCACAGAGACUCAUUAUGGGGACUCUGACUUGGAAAGACAGCAGGCCAAGCCCAAGGAGAAGACUGCCUAUAAAUGCUCAGACUGUGGGGAGGGAUUCAUCCAGCACUCAGACCUGAUUAAACAUAAAGGUACGCACACGAGGGAAAAGCCCUGUGCAUCUGAAGUGUGUCAGAGUUCUAGUCUUACUAGACAUCAGAAAAUCCGUUCUAGAGAGAAAGGUCAUCAGUGUCACGAGUGUGGGAAGGCCUUUCAGAGAAGUUCACACCUUGUCAGACACCAGAAAAUCCAUCUUGGCGAGAAGCCUUAUCAGUGCAAGGAGUGUGGAAAAGUCUUUAGCCAGAAUGCAGGCCUUUUGGAACAUCUCAGAAUCCACACUGGAGAGAAACCUUAUCUGUGUAUCCACUGUGGAAAGAACUUCAGGCGCAGCUCUCACCUUAAUCGACACCAGAGAAUUCACAGUCAGGAGGAGCCCUGUGAGUGCAAGGAAUGUGGCAAGACCUUUAGUCAGGCCCUUCUCCUCACCCACCAUCAGAGAAUCCACAGCCACUCCAAAAGCCAUCGGUGCAACGAGUGUGGGAAAGCCUUUAGUUUGACCUCAGACCUUAUUCGACAUCACAGGAUUCACACUGGAGAAAAACCUUUCCGGUGUAAUAUAUGCCAGAAAGCCUUCCGACUGAACUCACACCUCACUCAGCAUGUGAGAAUCCACAAAGAAGAAAAACCCUAUGAGUGUAAUGAAUGUGGAGAAGCCUUCAGACAGAGGUCAGGUCUUUUUCAACAUCAGAGGUAUCACCACAAAGACAAACUGGCUUCCUGAAGUGUCCUUUGCUUAUGGAACCUCAGAGACAGUACAUUAACAAGCAAAUAGCACUUGAGGAAAGGUCACUCUAGCCAACUCUGGCGGAGCUGGGGGCCAAGUUGGAGGCUGUCUGCCUCCACUCUUCUUUGUUUUUCUCGAAGUCAGCUUUGGACCAUAAUAAUUUGACUCUAGAUGGUACUGUGGGAUCAUAGUUAAACAGCAUUCUUUACUGCAGGACUUCUCGGAGCCAUUAACAUGGUUAUUGCAUGAUUAUGCAUCUCCAAGUAGUAGAGAGCCUCGUGAUUGAGAGAGGGCUUUGAAGUCAGCAGCAAAUCAAGUGUCCGCAGGUUUACAGGCUUAAGCAGAACAAGAGCAGGUUGAUAUUUUUGCAUAUGCUACAGCAACAGAUUCCUAUACAAUAAAACUCAUGAUGUUUGGAAAUAUACCAUACUCAAAGGUGUCUUAAAGUACAGGUUAGUGGAGACUAAACCCUACUGGUUUUACUAACUGCACCCCCCCCCACCGUGGCAUUACCCUCACCUUCCCCUGCCCCCAAUCAGUGGAAGCAUUUUGGAAAGCAAAGAUAAUCUAAUUUUACCAUUUCCCACCCCCAUCCUUGCCACAAUACUUUAUCGAUUCAAGUUAGAAAUCAAGGUUUUCUUUAGACUAUGGAAGAGAUUUCAUAAGUCAUUUGAAUGAACUGUGCUGAAUUCAAGUAGCAACUGUCUUGUUUGAUAACUCCAGUGCCAGUAUAGUGGCUGCUGCAUAGACACUAUUCAAUAAAUGCCUGGGGAAAGAAAUUGGACUUUUUUCCUUUAAUACUGAUGAUGCAAUUUUAAAAUGUUGCUUGUUCUGGAAUUCUUUAAAAGUCAAUAAAAUCAGCUUGGAGGAGAUGAUGAUGUUUAUACUGUG